AUGAUGGCCGAUAUGUCUGCUGUCGGUGAGGAGAAACUCUCCCCAAACCACGAUGACCUGCAACAGACCGGCAACGGCGCUGAUACCCGUGGUACCAAACGCGGCCGCAUGAGUGCCGAGGACGACGACGAUGAUGAUGAUAAGCCUGGCCGUGAGCGCCGUAAGAUUGAAAUCAAGUUUAUUCAGGAUAAGUCGCGUCGCCACAUCACCUUUUCCAAGCGAAAGGCUGGUAUCAUGAAGAAGGCUUAUGAACUGUCCGUUCUUACCGGUACUCAAGUGCUUCUCUUGGUUGUCUCCGAGACCGGCCUCGUCUAUACUUUCACCACCCCCAAGCUUCAGCCACUUGUUACCAAGGCUGAGGGCAAGAACUUGAUUCAGGCAUGCCUGAACGCCCCCGACCCCACCACCAACGAGAAUGGUGUGGAUGCGCCCGAUGUUCCUCCUGAGGCUCCUGAGGAUGUUGCCCACAACAAUGUCAAUGCGCCGCAGUCCAACAUGGCCCGUCCUGGUAUGCAUCCAGGCUACAUGACCAAUGAACAACAGCAACAGAUGGCCUACUACCAGAACCUCCAGCAGCAACAGCAGGCUGGUGCUCAGUAUCCUGGUAUGCCCGUGGGUGGCCGUAUGCCCCCGCAGCACCAACCCACCGCGUAA